CAGGAAGGUGACAUGAUGGCAGCUGACAAUAUUAUUAAUUUCCGAGAGGCGUGUCAGAGGAUGGUCAUGGAAACUCCAACCCCGCAGUGCGUUGGCCUUGAGUUUGUGCGCCAGUAUUACACGGUGCUCAACAAGGCCCCCCUGCACCUCCACCGAUUCUUCAGUCACAACUCAUCGUUCCUGCAUGGGGGCCACACGUCGAUGAGUGAGCCAAUCGUUGGCCAGGCGGACAUCCACAAGGUCAUCAUGGGGCUGAACUUUCGUGACUGCCAUGCCAAGAUUCGGAUGGUGGACGCGCAGGCAACGCUGGGUGAUGGGGUGGUCAUCCAGGUGACCGGCGAGCUGUCCAACAACGGAAACCCCAUGCGUCGCUUCAUGCAGACCUUCGUUUUGGCCCCACAGACACCCAAAAAGUACUAUGUUCACAACGACAUCUUCCGCUACCAGGACGAGGUGUUCAGCGACGAGGAGGGCGGAGAGGAGGCCGGCAGCGAUGGAGAGGAGGAGCUGGAGCCCCCUCUUCCUACCCAGGGCUUCACUUCCCCUCCGGCAUCCACCACCCCUAGUGUCACCACCCUCAACGGGGCACCCCAUCCCCCGGAACCUGAGCCAACCCCCCCGGCACCUGCCCCGGCCCCAUCAUCUGCCCCGGCCCCCCCACAGGUCCCUACACCAGUUCCUGUAACUCCCGUAGUGGCUGCUGGUCCAGGAGCCUCUCCACCCACGGCUGCCACCGCCCCCCUUGUGCCCCCACCCCUCUCCCCCACACCCCCGGCAUCCACCGUCCCCGAGACCGCCGCCCCUGAGAGACCAACCACUCCGGAGAAGGAUCAGGACGGGUGGUCGCGUGUUGCCCCGAGCACAGACAGCUGGGGUGCCGAGACCCAAUCCCCAUCCUGGGAUGACAUCGCAGCCCCGCCCAAGGAGGCCCCGGAACCAGACCCACCCCAGCCAGACCCCAUCCAGCAGCAGCCUGUUUCCAGCGAGCCCAAGACCUAUGCCAACCUCUUCAAAAACCAAGGCUUCCCCCCAGCCCCUCCAUCUAUCCCCACAGCCUCCCAGCCCCAGUCUGUAGCCCCCCCAGCACCCUCCGCAGUCCCUCACCAGACCCCUGCCAUGAACCGUGUGGAGAUCAACAAUCGGCCUCCACCCACUUCAGCGGCGGCGGCGGCGGCCUCCACCCCAACAGUGGCAGUGAGCGGCGGCAUGGGCAGCCAGGCCCCCACCCAGCCCGGUGGCGGCACUUUCACCCAGCGCAACCCACGCACCAUGCAGGGUGGCCGAGGCCCCAGGGACCGCCCCUACCGCCCCAACAGUGAGGAGAACACGGAACUGGACAGCCUGGGAGGGGAGGAGAAGAGAAGACCACUUGUGCCUGACAGCCAACAGAUCUUUGUGGGGAACCUGCCUCACACUGCAGGGGAGGAGGAGCUCAAGUCUGAGUUUUCGCGGUUCGGCAAGAUCAUGGACAUCAGGAUAAACACUGCCAAGAGCAAGACCGGACCCAAGGGACAGGUGCCCAACUUUGGCUUCAUCACCUUUGAGGAGGAGAGCACCGUCACCAGAGUGUUGGACAGUAGGCCCAUCCACCUGAACGGAGAGCACCGCCUCAAUGUGGAAGAGAAGAAGGCCCGUCUGCGCGUGGAGGGAGGCAUGGGGCGCCCCACCAGUGGCCGAGGGGGCAUGGGGGGUGGCUUCCGGCAGGGACCCCCGGGAGGACUGCAAGGGCGGGGGGGUAGCCGGCCUAACUACAAUCGUGACAACAACCGAGGUGGACCCAGGGGGGGGUUUAUGCCCCGCCGCUAGGUUUUCCCAUACCCCCCUUCUGUCUGGCCUCCCCCCCACCGCCCCGGAGGGAUGUCAAGUGGUGCUUGCCGUGGUGAUGAUGAUGAUGACAAAACAGGAAUAAGUGAUAACACAACCGUAUAAUUAAGAGAAAAUGAUGAUGAUGAUGAAGAUGAUGAUGAUGAAUGAUGUUAAUUAAGAAAGGAAAGGAAACAAAAAAAUACGUUUAAAAAUUUAUUAUUAUGAUGACAAAAAAAAGUUAACUUCACACCGUUAAUUAUAAGUAGCUUCUUUUGUAAAUUUUAAUUGCCUUUCUCUCUCUCUCUCUCUCUCUCUCUCUCUCUCUCUCUCUCUCUCUCUCUCUCUCUCUCUCUCUCUCUCUCUCUCUCUCUCUCUCUCUCUCUCUCUCUCUCUCUCUCUCUCUCUCGAAAAUUUUUCCCAUACAAACUUCAUCCUAAGUAAAAAAAAAUCCUA